AUGAAUGCAUCAGUAGCUGGGUUCAUCGCCGAGAUCGCAAUGCAAAAACUGGAGAGGACCGUGUUGCCGGACAUCAGCCGGAAGCUUCGGGUACGUUCUGUAGACGACACUUUUGUCAUCAUCAAGAAGAGAGAACUACAACGAGCAAUCCAAUUGAUAAAAAGUGUCUCCGAUGACAUCAAGUUCACCAUGGAAGAAGAAAACAACAACAAGCUGGCGGUUUUAGAUGUCCUCGUCACAAGGUUGUCGAAUGGACAAAUGCAAACGGAAGUCCACAGAAAAGCUACGCACACGGAUCAAAUUCUGAGCUACGACAGCAACCACCCAAAGUGCCACAAACAGAGCUGCAUCCGGAUACUAUUGAAGCGAACUGAAACACACUGCAACACAGUAGAAUCUAAAGUAAAAGAAGAGAAACGCCUAUACAGAAUCUUUCAAAGGAACGGUUACCCAAGGAAUUUCAUCUGGAGAUCUCUGAGAAAAUGCAAUUCAACCAACGCGACAACCAGAAACACAAGCAAAACAAUCACAUUACCAUAUAUCAAGAACAUUUCGGAGAUGACCGCCAGGAUAUUACGACAGCAUGCCAUAAAAGUGGCCCACAGACCGACUGACACGCUGCGAAGAGUAUUAUCAAAACCAAAGGGGACAUUUAAUGCGAUAGAAAAGACAAAUGUUAUCUACAAAAUUCAAUGCAACGAUUGUGAAAAACACUACGUGGGACAAACAGGGAGGAAACUGUUAACCAGAAUCACCGAACACAAGCUCGUCACCAAGAGACAUGAACAAUUCUCUCUCAUCUCUGCACACGAAGAUGGGGAAGGACACCAUUUCGACUGGAAUAACGUCAGAAUACUGGGCCAGGCAAGAACAAAGAAAGAACGCGAGUUUAUGGAGGCGUGGUACUCCACUGGUGGAGCAAUAAACAGACACAUUGAGAUUGAUCCUGCCUACCAGCCUCUGAGGACAAAGGAAACCCAGAACCACAGAACGCGAGGCCGAACAAGGACUCAAAGAAGAAAUCAAUAG